ACAAAGAUGCCGAAAGCACUUCUCAGAUCUUCAAUGGACAUUUCAGUUGCAUCAGGUGAAAAUGACAAUGGAGAACAACCGAAGAUUGAGCAAAAACCCUCCGGUGGAGGCUGGAGCGCCGCCAUUUUCAUCAUCUUUGUUGAACUGGCGGAGCGUUUUUCCUACUACGGCUUGGCUGGUAAUCUCAUCACUUACCUCUCUAACGUUCUUGGUGAACCAACUGUCACCGCCACCAAGAAUGUCAACACUUGGGUUGGUGUCUCCUCGCUCUUCCCUUUGGUCGGCGGCUUCAUCGCCGACUCUUACUUCGGUCGCUUCAAGACUGUGAUUGCCUCCUCUGUCAUCUACUUAAUGGGGAUGAUUUUACUGUCGUUGGCUGUGUCCAGAGUUCUUCAUUCGAAAACUGUAUUUUACUUAGCGCUUUACAUAUUAUCCGUCGGCGAAGGUGGGCACAAGCCCUGCGUGCAAACUUUCGCCGCCGAUCAGUUUGACGAAAACAAUCCGGAGGAGAAGGAGGCCAAAAGCUCAUUCUUUAAUUGGUGGUACCUGGGGAUUGUAUUUGGUGCCACUUCUUCAAUUUUAGUUAUUGUUUACAUACAGGAGAAUGUGGGGUGGGCAGUAGGAUUUGGGAUAUUGGCGGGGAUAUUAGCGGCGGCAUUGGGGUUGUUUUUGGUGGGAAUUAAGCGGUACAGGAAGGAGGUACCGGUGGGGAGCCCGUUUACCAAGGUGGUGCAGGUGCUUGUUGCGGCGGUCAGGAAGUGGCGCGUGAGAGAGACGCGUGGUAUUUACGUUGAAGAGAAUGGGGAGAACCAGUUGGGUCAAUCCCGGAGAAUAACUCUUGCACGAACAAGGCAGUUCAGACUUUUGGACAAGGCAAUGAUGAUAGACGAGAUAGAUUCCUUGAGUGGCCAAAGGAAUCCAUGGAGGCUCUGCACGCAAAAUCAAGUGGAACAAGUAAAACUAGUGAUUCGCCUCAUCCCCAUAUGGCUAGCUUGCUUGAUGUUCUUCGCUUUACAAGCUCAAACUCAUACACUCUUCACCAAGCAAGGCAGCACAAUGACCAAAUCCCUCGGCCCACACUUUGAACUUCCCCCAGCUGCACUUCAAAGCGUCAUAGGCCUCGCCAUCCUCGUCUUUGUCCCAACUUAUGAUCAACUCUUCGUCCGCCUAGCCCGGAAAAGAACCGGCCUUCCCUCGGGAAUAACCAUGCUACAAAGAAUCGGCAUAGGCUUAUUUUUGUCCAUAAUUUUCAUGAUAGUAGCCGCUUUAGUAGAAUCCAAAAGGAUCAAAACAGCAAAAGAACAUGACCUAAUGGACAAACCCCAUGCAACAUUGCCCAUAAAUAUUGCAUGGUUACUUCCGCAAUAUGUGCUCACUGGACUUUGCGAUGUUUUCACAGUUGUGGGGUUACAAGAAUUGUUUUAUGAUCAAAUGCCUGAAGAAAUGAGAAGCAUCGGAGCAGCGGCUUAUAUUUCCAUUGUUGGAGUUGGAAGCUUUCUGAAUAGUCUGAUUAUAUCAAUUGUGGAGGUAAUUAACAGAAGGGCCGGUGGCACUUGGCUUACUAACAACAUCAAUAGGGCACACCUCGAUUAUUUUUACUGGGUAUUGGCAGGAUUGAGUGCUUUGAAUUUAUGUUUUUAUAUAUGGAUUGCCAAUAGAUUUAUGUACAAAAAAAUUGUCGAGGAAGGACCAAGGGAGGAUGAAGAAUCGGUGAUUAAUAUUCCGACGGUCGUGAUUAAUUUAGAAUGAUAAAUUACAAAUCAAAGCGUUUGUGUAUAAUUUCGGAAGAUAUAAUGAAUAUGUAAUUUUGGCUUGAAUAUUAAGGGCUAGCUGAAGCCCUAAGCAAACCAGGUAUAAUUGCUACAGUUAAAUAUUUCUGUAAAAAUCAUGAGCAAUUUUGUACCGAAAAUUAUUUUUAG